AUACCAAUUUAGAGAAGCCAUUUUGCGCAGGACCGGAUAAUUCUCAAACACCGGGACAGCUGAAGUUCCGAACCGCCGGUUCGUAAAAGGACAUGAGCUGUCGCCCUCUCCGCCUCCUCCGAGGGUGCUUGUCCUUGUCACCAGGGAGAGACAGAGCGGGGAGGAGCGGAGUGGAAGCCGCAGGGCCAGCCAGAGAGCAGCGGGCGGGCGGGGGUAUCGGACAGUUUCGCCGCAUUGCUAUUCGAUCCCCUCCGUCCGGUGAUCCCACCCGCCCCCUCCCCAGCACCACUCCCCAGUGAGAGGUGGGAGUUGUCCGACUCGGUGAAUCCUCCAGGCGGGCUUCUACUGAGCAGGUGGACGGCUGCUUUCCUCGCUCGCUCGCUCGCUCCUAACCGGUGCGUGGCGUUCUUUGGUGAGGACUUUUUUUCCCUAUGACAUGGAGGACGCUGACAAGCUAGCCAGGUCGACGCUGCUUUGCUAAGCUUAAGUGAUCCCUGGAUGUCCGCGGCAGAUGAGCACAGGCAAGCCGACCGAGGUCGCCCGUGUCGUCGCCUUGGUGCCUUCACGACGGCGUCUCAUUGGAAUCUGGAAGGAGCGCGCUUCACUAUGAAUACAGACAGCGGCGGAUGUGCUCGCAAAAGUGUCGCCGUGUCGCUCACGCUCUCGCCCAUGAAGAGGGUCCAGAGCUCGCCCAAUCUGGCCUCAGGGAGUGAUCCUCACUCAUCGGACUACAGUUCCUGGCGGUCUCGCAGCGCAACCGAUGGCCUUAAGAACGGCGACGCCAUCAGCUCGUCUCUGGCCGCCAAAGGCUUUCGCAGCGUCAGGCCCAACCUGCAAGACAGAAAGUCACAGGGCCCCAUCUCCCUUGACUCCACAGCACGUCACUCCCCCUUUCUGAGCCCCAGCUCCGAAUCUCUCGACUACCCGUCGGGCCUAAUGUCCAAGGGGCUGUCACCCAGCCCGUAUGUCACUCCCGUCACCGCGUCGCCCCCCGCCUCCCCCGCGACGGUCUCGGCUCUCAGCCACUACUCCUCCUCCACGGCGGGUCUGCUUGACGAGCUGCAGAUCUGUGGCCUGGACUCGCCCGGCGCCUCGCCCACGCCGUCGCCCACCCUCAGCCACGUCUCGGUCUUCGCUGCCGCCGCUGGCCCCGACAACGCGCUAACAGCCGCCACAACAGCCACUGUCACUAACGGCCAGGUGCUCUCUCACGCCAUGAACGGGGGGACGGGGCACGCCACCAGGCCGCUUUCGCCGCCAUCUUAUCCGCCGCCGCCCGCCUCGCUCUGCUCCGGACUACUGAGGCAGAGCCAGAGCUCAGAAGGUAGCGAUGCGUUCACCAGAGAGUCUGUGGUGUUGGGCAACGCCAACUUUAGUAGCACCGUGCCCAUCGCCCGCUUCUCUGAGGAGGAAACCAAGGUGUCCGUCAUCAAAGCCCCCCACUACGAAGGCAUCGGACCCGUGGACGAGUCGGGCAUUCCCAUUGCCAUCCGCACAACGGUUGAUCGACCCAAGGACUGGUACAAAACCAUGUUCAAACAGAUCCACAAGGUCCACAAAGCGGAUGAUGACUAUUCAGACACCUACAGUGCAACAUAUGCUAUCAUCAACAAUGAUGACUACGGUGUGCCACCCGGCGCCACCUUGGCCCACCCAGCCCCACGCACGCACACGUACCGGCCGCUCUCCAAGAGCUUGUCGGACAACAGCGGGCAGCGCCUCGCCGCCCGGGAUCCUUCGCCCUCGCCCGUACCGCCACCGCCACCCGCGCCCUCCCUGCUGCAGUUGAGGGCCAGAGACAGCGACCGUGACAGACACACGCCAGAUAUGAAUGAAUGGGGUCCUCCCGAAAGGAAAGUGGACACGCGAAAGUACCGCGCCGAGCCCAGGAGUAUUUUUGAGUAUGAGCCAGGGAAGUCCUCCAUUUUAGAGCACGAAAGACCUACCUAUGAUGACAUAGAUUUAGAGAACGAGCCUUGGUAUAAGUUCUUUUCUGAGCUGGAGUUUGGCCGCCCGCCUCCUAAAAAACGACUGGAUUAUAAUCCAGACGUCUCGGCUCGCCAGCGCAUCGAGAUUGUUCCAGUGUUGAAUGAUGCUUCUUUAUUUAGGUCCGUUCCAGUUCCAACCCAUGUUUAUGAGGCAACCCUGCAGGUCGCUCCUGCCGACAAGCCCCCCGAAAGACCCGCACGCGCUGCCAACGACUACCGAAAAAGAAGGAAGUCUGAGCCUGCCGGCUCCCAGGCAAACGCUCAGUUCUACUCUGGCCGAGCGGCAACGUCGCCCAAAGCGCCCGACACCAGCGGCUCCGCCGGCGGCACUCUCAAGAAGUCCGUCGUUCGCUCCUUGCCGUCCUCGCCCUCACGCACCAAAGGUGGGGCCGCAUGCGUCAUGUAUUCCAACACUUUGACCUCCGCGGGUCCUUGCCAGCAUUCAUCCCUGCCCCGCGUUGCUACUUGUCGCACGGACGAGGCGCCGGCGUCAUCCUAUGAGGAGGCUGCGGCGCCUCCGCCGCCCGGCGGCAAACUCAGGUCCCGUAGCUGCGACGACUUGCUGGGAGAGCGUCCGGGCCAAGGCCGCGCCUGUCGCUCGGAAAGCGCCAGCUCAUUCCCGCGCAGCCAACCUGACUCCAACGGGUCCACGGGCUCGGCACCCUGCCUGCGCCGCCGGCUGCCACAUGACUCACCGGGCUUUCUCAAGUUGUACCGCAAGAUGCACCACAUCGACAGGGCCCACCUGAUCCCGUCCGAGGUGAUCCGGUCGGUCCGCACCCGCAUCCUGGAGCUGGAGCGGCAGCCCCAUCUGCACCCGCACCCGCUCUCCCCUCGGGCGCCCUCUGGUGGCUCGGAAGUGCUGCGCGACAACGUGCCCGACCGCAUCUCCGCUUUUGAGAGUCUCAUCGAGAAGUCCAAAUCCAUGCCUAACUUGGGAGACAACGAGGUGGCGUCGGGCGCAACCACGCCGGGCGGCUCGUCCCGCGCAAGCAGUGGCGGCGGCACCCCUAGUUUUCCAAAACGCCGCUUCUCCAUCGAGUCCCUCCUGGAGGAGGACGACAGCGGCAACGGGCUGCCGCCUCCCGCCACGGAUCACUCGCGUAAACCUCGCAGCCCGCCUGAGGGUCAACCUCGUGCGGGGCCGGAGCCCGACCGCGCGGCCUCCUACUUGGCUCAGCCCGUCCCGCGGGUGCCGCGAGCCGACUACUCCGACAGCGAGCAGGACGCCAUCGCCUCAGACCUCAGUGACUUCAUACAGGUGGAGGGCUCUUCGUUUUGCAGCGAGAGCGACUUUGACCACUGCUCGCUGACAUCCUCGGAGAGCUUGUGCGGCUCGGCCACGCUGCGCCAUCACCACCCCCAGCACUCCGGUCACCAGAGUGUUGGCCAGAGCCAGGGCUACCAACAUAGACACCUCAUUAGUUCAUGCAAGGGUCGAUGCCCGGCCUCUUACACCCGCUUCACCACCAUGCUCCGCCACGAGCGACAGCGAGCGCGCCAGGACCCUCAGAGGCCUCAGCCGUCGAGUCACAGCAGCCGCUCUCCGGUCCGCAGCUCCGAGUCCCAGCAGUCCAUGUCCAAGCUGGCCUAUCUGGUCAGCCCGGUGCCUUUCCAUAAGAAAAAGAGCCGCGGCGGAAGCGGGCCAAAAUCCAAGCAGGCCAUCUACGAAGCGCUGGACGCCGCCCUGAGGGACAUCUACGAGCACAUCCGAGCCGAGCGGGGCCGCAGAGGCGCUGGCACCCCCGACGACAGCAUCCUGAGGAGAAUACUCUCCGAGCUGCUGCCCAGCGUGCCUGAAAGAAGCUCUUCGUUGCCCGGAAGGAGGCUGUGUUGGCACCAGGCCGGCCCGGAUGGGUACACUUCGUACGAGGGCGAGCCACCCGCGUCACGGUCGCAUUCUCCCCGGCUCCGGUCGCCAGUCGGUGCCUGUUACGGACGCCGCUUGAAUGCCGCCAACUGUAAUGAGUACGGGGAGGAGCAUGCCAAUGGAAAUGGUGUUUUUUAUUCAGACCAGGAUGUGCCCAGGAGUUAUUCCACCACUGACGGUCAGCACACACCCCAGAGUCGAAGAGCCACACCUGACAGAGAGGUAUCCCAUAAACAGAUGACCCAACUUAUUCUGUUCUCUCUCCUCCAUCAGAAGCAGCCCGCCCGAGCUAUUUACGACUUUAAGGCGCAGACGGCUAAGGAGCUGACGUUAAAAAAAGGCGACGCGGUCAACAUCAUCAGGCAGAUCGACGGCAACUGGUACGAAGGCGAGCACCGUGGCCGGGUCGGGAUAUUCCCAAUGGCUUACGUGGAGAAGAUGACGUCUUCGGAGAAUUCGCGGCCCAGCCGCCCGCCUCCACCCGCCCACGUCAGGGAGAUCGGCGAGGCCGUGGCUCGUUACAACUUCAACGCUGACACAAACGUCGAGCUGUCUCUCAGAAAGGGCGAAAGGGUGAUCGUGAUCCGUCAGGUGGACCAGAACUGGUACGAGGGAAAGAUCCCAGACACAACCAAACAGGGCAUCUUUCCCGUAGCCUACGUGGACCUGCUCAAGCGCUCACCCUCCAAAGCAACUGCCCACCACCUCCACCAUGCGGACCCCCACGGAAACCAUGGCAACAGGACGCCCAUCUCCACACCCAUCAAGCGACUAGUCCAGGAAGCUCUCCACGGCGGGGGAAACCCCUUCCAGGCUGUGUACAACUACGCGCCGCGCAACGAAGACGAGCUGGAGCUGAGGGAGGGCGACAUUGUUGAUGUGAUGGAGAGGUGUGAUGACGGAUGGUUUGUUGGGACGUCUCGUCGGAGCAAGUUGUUUGGAACCUUCCCAGGAAACUACGUGAAGCAGCUAACGUGAAUGAUUCCCCGCCCCGCCCGCCCCCGCGCACGAGUGUGUGUCUGUGCGUUUUUGGAUGGCGGCGCAGCUCUCUCUAGCCAUCUUCAACGGAAGACCUCGUUAGAACCAAUUUUUUGUUGUUGUUUUUAAUUCUUUUUACUCCUGUUGCCGCAAAAUGACAACGUUGAGGGGAAAAAAACAUUAUUCUGUGUUAGUGUGCUGCAUCACAAGGACAUUCAACAAUGAAUCAUGUGCUAUAUUACAUGCGCAAAUCUCACCCGUUCACCUUCACCGCUAGCGUUGAUGCACUUUAACCAAUUUGUGUUUGUUUGUUUCAUGUCAGAGUUCACCUCAGAAAAGUGUCAGUAUCGGAGGGCUUGCCACUUUUUCAAAGUUUGUAUUUUUUAGCGCUCCAGCGCUAGGGGAUGGCUGUAGUGUCUUUUGUUGUUGUCGUUGCUUUAUUUAUGAUUAUUCAAUAACACAACCAAACCAAGAUAAAUCGGGAGGCAUCCCAGAGCAUUUGGAAAAUCGACAAAACCGAUCAAUUCAGCCAUUUUCAGUUUGCGUUUUUCCGUUGGUUCAUUUAACCCCAAGGAGCGCGUGACCCAAGAUGGCGGCAUGCACGUCCUUAGUUACGGGGCAGCGCGUCGUAUCCCUCCAGCAACGAGCCAGCCAAUCAUAUUCUUCUUUCUGCUCCGUCAGCAACAUUUGGAAGCCAGAGCUAGCGAGUCUUUAUACAGUAUAUAUCCAACACAAGAUCUCCGGUUAAUGAAACAGACUUUGGAAUUACGACUGGCUUGAAAUCGCUCUGUUUACAACUGGGGGGGUUUAUUUCUCACGGAAGCUUGGUUGAAUCCAUGCUCACCUGCAGCUAUCCAGCCCCCUAUCUUCAAAAAAAAAAAUCAGAGAGGAAUAGAAAUAUAGACUUGAUUGUUGUAAUUCCUACAACAAUACCUGAUUCGGGUGUACCAUGAAUCCCCUCAAAUUAAAAGUGUAAAUCUGCAAUUAAAGCACAUUUUCUUCAUUUAAUUUGAAACUCGGCGUGAUGGUGUUUAGAUUUAAAAAAAAAAGACAA